AAGGACAGCGGUGAGCGGGAGGAAGGCGACUGGCGCCAUCUUGGCUGUUUUAAUGAGUACAACAGGGAAGAAUUUGCUGGGAGAAAUAACUUAAUCAUUGGGGUUUCGCUCAAGAGGGGAUACUGUCGGUAAAUUAUACCACAGGGUGAGCGUGUGACCCAGGAGAAGCAGGGCAAUGUUCUACGCCCACUUUGUCCUCAGCAAACGUGGGCCGCUGGCCAAGAUCUGGCUGGCGGCCCAUUGGGACAAAAAGCUGACCAAGGCCCAUGUGUUUGAAUGCAACCUCGAGAGCAGUGUGGAGAGCAUCAUCUCACCCAAGGUGAAGAUGGCAUUGCGUACAUCAGGCCACUUGCUCCUUGGGGUGGUGAGAAUUUACCACAGGAAGGCCAAGUAUCUGCUUGCUGACUGUAAUGAAGCUUUCAUCAAGAUCAAAAUGGCUUUUAGACCAGGUGUAGUGGAUCUACCUGAGGAAAACAGAGAGGCAGCGUACAAUGCUAUCACCUUACCUGAAGAAUUCCAUGACUUUGACCAGCCACUUCCAGAUCUGGAUGACAUAGAUGUUGCUCAGCAGUUCACCCUGAACCAGAGCAGAGUAGAGGAGAUCACCAUGAGGGAAGAUGUCGGCAACCUGAGCCUCUUGCAAGACAAUGACUUUGCUGACUUUGGCAUGGACGACCGAGAGAUGAUGCGUGAUGCCAGCACAUUUGAGGAGGAUAUAAUACAUGGUGCGACGGCUUCUAACCUGUUGCUUGAGGCUGAACCUGGUCCAGCUAAUCUUCCUGACAAAUCCAACCACAUGGAGUAUGAUGACUUUGGGGAUGGCUCCAUGGGCAACAGUGAUGGGGGGAUGCUGGUUGACAAACUGCUGAGCUCUGAAGACGGCGGCGGUAUCUUUGACGAUCCUCCAGCUAUUACAGAAAGUGUCAUGAUGCCUCCAGAUCAUGGUGAUGAUGAGGAUGACUUUGACAACCUCCAGUCACCGGGCCCAGACAGCCCAGACUCAGGUCCACCAGAGCCCCUGCCUGCCAUGGCUGACCAGACAGAACAGACCACUCUGGUUCACAAUGAGGAGGAGGCCUUUGCCCUGGAGCCCAUUGAUAUCACUGUUAAAGAGACCAAGGCCAAGCGUAAAAGGAAACUGAUUGUGGACAGCGUGAAAGAGUUGGACAGCAAGACCAUCAGAGCCCAACUGUCUGACUACUCAGAUAUUGUCACCACCCUGGACCUCGCCCCUCCCACUAAGAAGCUUAUGAUGUGGAAGGAAACUGGAGGAGUGGAGAAGCUCUUCUCUCUGCCUGCUCAGCCCCUCUGGAAUGCCAGGCUGCUCAAGAUGUUCACACGUUGCCUGACGCCUCUGGUGCCAGAUGAGCUGAGGAAGAGGAGGAAGGGAGGUGAAGCAGACAGUUUGGAUGAGUUCCUCAAAGAACUGGAGAACCCAGAGGUGCCUAGAGACGAGGUCUUAACUCAGCACAGAGAUGUUACUGACCAGCCUAUCAUGGAGGAGCCCAGCAUACUGGCAGCCUCUGCAAUGGAGAGCAGCAGAACGGCCUUGGAUGAAACUGUCAUGCCCCCUCCCUCCACCCCCCGUGCAGUCAAACGCAAGGCUCUUGACAAAGACAGCACCCUUUCUAUGGUUCCCUUGGAGCCGCAGCAGUUGGCUGACCGCUCAGUCGUGCCUCAGAGGUUAGACAUGCCUCAGGUGGAAUUGCCCCCAGAGGAGAGCAGUCUCAACCUCACAGAGCUUGUCCCUGAACUCAACCUUCUUGGGGAGAAGGAAAAAGACAAGAAGGAUGAAAGUGAUGAAGAGGAGGAAGAGGAAGGGCAGGGUGGAGAUCAAGAUCAGGAAGAGAAGAGAUGGAACAAGAGAACCCAACAGAUGCUGCAUGGUCUCCAGCGCGUUAUGGCUAAGACUGGUGCACAGUCUGUUAGUCUGCUGGACUUGUGCCGGAACAACAACAGGAAGCAGGCAGCCGCCAAGUUUUACAGUUUCCUCGUCUUGAAGAAGCAGCAAGCCAUCGAAGUGACCCAGUCUGAGCCCUACAGCGACAUCAUCGCCACAGCUGGACCAAAAUUCCACCUUAUUUAGACAUUGGAAGAACCAACAAACACUCUGCUUGCAACAGGCAUACAUUUUUGAUUACUCAACUAUUUGCCUUUUUAUUUUGUGUUUUCCUGAUGGCCCCCCCACUUUUUUUUUUUUUUUCUUCUUCUUCUUCCCUGGGGAAAGGGGGAGGGAUUAGGCGCGAAUGGGUUGGAAACUUUUUAAAAUAACAGAUUUUACUGUACUACAGAUUGAAUCAUGCAGUAUUCUUGGUUCAAAUGGAGCGAGGAAGAAUGUUUAACAGAAUAUUUAUAAAGCAACAUUUUUCAGUCACCAAUUUGUAAACUUUUAAGUUAAAUUUCUAUUGUCUGCUUAUUCCUUGAGUUUUGUAUCAUUGCCCCUGUUUCAACUGAAAUAUUGCAGAUUUUAGAUAAAGCCCCCCAGUGUACUUUUCAAUAAAACAUCCUGUAAUGACUGUCCAUGUUCUGCAAAGGUACUGUUUUAUUGCUCAGAAGUGUAACCUUUCCCAUCCUCUCCUUGUUGCACUUGUUCUUUGAAAAACAAAAUGUUUAAUCUGUUUUUUUUUUUUAGUUUUUUUUUUUUUUAAGAAAUUGGUCGAUCUUACCUGGCAUUAAAUAUCACGUAUCAGAUGUAUAAUUCAGGAAGUUUGUCGAUUAAGUUUCAUGUAAAUUUCUUUUUUGUACCUUUUUAAGUUUAUGCUUAUUCACCUCUUUGCAUUAUAUAACUAGGUAAUGUCCUUGUUACAGUUAAGUUCAUUAUCCCACCUUUUUAGUCUUUGGGUAACUUCUAGUUGUGAUACAUCUGUAAAGAUUUGAAAUAAAGUGUUUUAAGUACUUUGAUUACUAACAGGAGAGUAUUGAUUCACCUUAAAUUCAAAGGCUCAUUUCUGCUUUCAGUUUUUUCUUGUAGCUUGACCAUGUAAAGAAAGCACUGAAAUGCAAAAACCAGAGACUGGGAUCAAAAAUACUAAAUGUUACAGUUGUGAGCAUAGAUGACAUUGUGGGCAUAGAUGUCAUGGAAA